UUAACCAUGUUCAUCUGAGAUUAUAAAUACCAAGCGAAAGGUAGCCAAAGAGCACAACAACUCAUAAUUAAGAUGGAGAAGCAAUCAGUAACCCUUGUGAGUGAUGACCAAGGGAUAGUUCGUAAGUCAACAAAAUAUCAUCCAAGUGUUUGGGGUGAUUAUUUCAUUCGAAACUCGUCUCUCAAUCUAUUAGAGGAGUCCACUCAAAGGAUGAGAGAGAGAGUGGAAGAAUUAAAGGUGCAAGUAAAGAGCAUGUUCAAGGAAACUAGUGACAUAUUGCAGAUUAUGAAUUUGAUUGAUUCAAUUCAACUUCUAAGAUUGGACUAUCAUUUUGAGAAUGAAAUAGAUGACGCACUAAGAUUGAUCUUUGAGGUUGACGACAAGAACUACGGGCUUUAUGAAACUUCUCUUAGAUUUCGAUUACUUAGGCAACGUGGAUAUAAUGUUUCUACAGAUACUUUUAACAAGUUCAAAGAUGACAAUGGAAGCUUUAUAUCUACCUUGAAUGGAGAUGCAAAGGGAUUACUAAGCUUCUAUAAUGCGUCUUAUCUUGCAACACAUGGAGAGCUCAUACUUGAUGAAGCUAAUUAUUUUACAAAGUCUCAGCUAGUAUCCUUAUUGAGUGAGCUUGAACAACCUUUAGAGACACAAGUAUCUCUUUUCUUGGAAGUACCACUAUGUCGAAGAAUUAAAAGUCUUUUGGCAAGAAUAUAUAUUCCUAUUUAUCAAAAGGAUGCAAUGCGAAAUGAUAUUAUUUUAGAACUUGCAAAAUUGGAUUUCAAUCUAUUGCAAUCUCUUCAUAAAGAGGAAUUGAAGAAACUUUCGAUAUGGUGGAAUGAUUUAGCACUUGCUAAAUCACUAAAGUUUGCCCGUGAUCGAAUUGUGGAAGGUUAUUAUUGGGUUCUUGGUAUGUAUCAUGAGCCUCAAUUUUCUUGUGCACGAGUGAUGUGCACCAAAGCAUUUUGUGUUCUAUCAAUUAUGGAUGAUAUUUAUGAUAACUAUAGCACAUUGGAUGAGCGCAGACUAUUAACUGAAGCAAUAAAGAGGUGGAAUCAUCAAGCUGUCGAUUCUUUACCAGAAUAUAUAAAGGAUUUUUAUCUCAAGCUAUUAAAGAUUUUCGAAGAAUUUGAAGCAGAGUUGGAAGUUAAUGAGAAGUACCGUGUGCAAUACCUUCAAAAUGAAUUUAAAGCUGUAGCCAUAGCAUAUUUUGAGGAAUCUAAGUGGGGUGUGGAGGGAUAUGUGCCAUCACUUGACGAACACUUGCGUGUUUCAUUGAUCUCCUCCGCAUGUUCUAUGGUCAUUUGUUCCAUGUGUUUGGGUAUGGGAGAAGUGGCAACAAAAGAGAUAUUCAAGUGGUAUUCUAGUUUUCCUAAGCCCGUGGAAGCUUGCUCUAUAAUUGGUAGACUCCUCAAUGAUAUAAGAUCACAUGAGAUGGAGCAAGAGAGAGACCAUGCUGCCUCUACAGUGGAAAGUUACAUGAAAGAGCAUGGCACGGAUGUAAAAGUUGCAUGUAAGAAGCUACGAGAGACAGUGGAGAAAGCAUGGAAGGAUUUAAAUAAGGAAAGUCUUAAUCCAACACCAGUAGCUCGACCUAUAAUUGAAAGAAUACUUAGCUUUUCAAUCUCAAUGGAAGACGUAUAUAGGUACACCGAUGAGUACACCAAUUCUGAUAAUAAAAUGAAAGAUAAUAUCUCUUUGGUGUUGGUUGAACCUAUUCCUAUAUAAGGGUGUGACUUCUUUAAUAAAUUAUAGUGGGAAGAGUAUGUUGAAAAUCAUUAGAGGCAACCACUUCAGUGUGAGGAUGAUCAAUUCCCUAGCUAUCAAUGUUUGAAUAAAUCAAACUUAUAUUUGGAUGGUGUAUGGAAAGUUAUAAUUGAUAUGUAGUGAUAUCUUAUGUAUCUUUCUAAAUAAAAAUUGCACUUUUGC